AUGUCUUCCGCGGAAACAGUCCGGCAGCGCAAGAAGGACGCUCCUGUUGCCAAAGCUUCCGCGAGAGUCGAGGCAAACCUCGCAGCCCGCGCCAAAGCAGAAGACAGCGCUUUCAGCUUGACGGAUGUUGCGCGUACAAUCGUCUUCUUGUUGCUGGCUAGUAGUGCGUUGAGUUAUUUCGUGACAAGGGAGAGCUUUACGUGGGGUGUUAAGAGACCGAGUUGGGCAACCGUUGGCGGAAUCAAGAGUCUGAUUGCCGGCCAACAAGCCCUCACAGACUCCGACCUCAAAGCCUUCGAUGGCAGCGACCCAACCAAGCCCAUCUACCUCGCCAUCAACGGCACUAUCUACGAUGUCUCAGCCGGUGCACGACACUACGGGCCUGGAGGAAGCUACCACUUCUUCGCGGGCAAAGACGCCAGCCGAGCCUUCAUCACUAACUGCUUCGAGGAAGAUGGGAAUCCAGAUGUUAGAGGUGUCGAGGAGAUGUUCAUGCCGCUUGAUAAUAAGGAGAUUGAUAUGCAGUAUACCAGUGGCCAGUUGAAGGCGCUGAAGGAGCAGGAGCGAAGACAGGCCAAGGUUGAGGCGUAUAAUGCAUUGAAGCACUGGGUCGAUUUCUUUGCCAAUAGCCCGAAAUACCCUAAGAUUGGGAUGGUGAAGAGAGAGCCUGGCUGGGAGAAGAAGGGGCCGGUUAAGAAGCUGUGUAAGCGUGCUCAGGAGGGUAGACAGCCACGAAAGGCGCCUGCUGGGAAGCAGUAG